AUGAAGAACAUGUCAACAAGAAGAAGCAGGAUUAGUCCUGAUGCUGAGGCCAUCAAGUUUAUUUCAACUGAAACUGAUAAGGCUUGUUUAAAGGUCCAGUGGAUCAAUGACUAUAAAGGUACAUCAACUGUAAUUCACGACUGGAAUGAUACAUUCCUUGUUAUUGUCUGUAGGUCAUAGGAAGAUGUAUAAAUAACUUAGAGGUCACUGUCAACACAUCAUUUCAGAUGCACCACUUUGAAGGUCUCAUGUCAACACACAUUUUUCCCUUGCAUCAUGCAGAACUUGCUUUGUUAAUAUUUAAUCAUCUGAAGUUACUAAGCCUGACUUGGAUGGUGUUACUUGACACUAAUCAGUGACCUUUGGUGUCCUAGGACGUGGUGUAUUUACCUGUGCACCAAUUGAGAAGGGAUCCUUUGUGGUUGAGUACCGUGGAGAGUUGAUCUCACAGAAUGAACGGGACAAGAGGCAAAAAAAGUACACAGAGAAGCAAAGUGCUUUCUUGUUUGAUUUCAUAUGGAACAAUACAAAAUGGUGGUAAGUAAAACCCUGAAAGGAUCUGCUGCUCUUUGCAACAUGGGUGGAGAAAACGCAGACAUGUGUCCCUGUUCAAUUCCAGUAUUGAUGCCAGCAAUGAAGAUGACUCCAUGGGCCGACUGGUUAAUGAUGCCCACAAGUCUCCAAACUGCAAAAUGAAAAAGAUGACUGUUCAGUUUAAACCUCAUCUUUGCUUGUUCGCUAUCAAAGACAUCCAGGCGGGGAGUGAAAUCACCUAUGACUAUGGGGAAAGUGAGUGGCCAUGGCGAGUUCUGGUGAGUAAUUAUGUGUAACAGUACAAGGUGUCAUAAGUAAUAUGAGGAAAAUGACUUUUAAUGUAAUGUGUAGCAAUGUAGAUCCUUUUUAUCUGUGUGGAGGUGAUUGCUUCCUUCAACAACAUCAGGAGGACUGGCAAGUCAGAAUAAUAGACUCUGUGUUCAGUUGUAGGUGUAGGCCUUUUUUUGGGUUGUGAAAGACCUCAUGGUGUUUUAGAAGAUGUCCUCAUAUGUCUGAGCCAACAUGUGCAGAGUGUGUGUGUAAAAUUGUCCUCAUAUUGUUGGGCAGCAAAUAUUAAACUUCAGGCUGUGAAGGGUUUGAGGGUUUCUCAGACGAUGUCCUCAUAUGUCUGAGGCAACGCCUGCAGAGUGUGUGUGUUACAUUGUCCUCAUAUUGUUGGGGAGCUGAUACUAUACAGUUUUUAAGCUCUUUCCAAUUCCGGCAUGAUUAUGAAGAUCUAGUGAUUAUCUUCAUGUAUAACUACUAAGGUCCAAAGGUAAAGAAUAUUUGUUAAAGUGUCUUGUUGUUUGUUACAGACACCAACUGCAGAGAACCCCACUCAACCUUCUGCAAAGCCUCAGGAGAGAGAGGGAUCUUCUCCAACUUUACAUCAGGUAUGGAUUCAGUUUGGAUUUCAUUUCAGUGUGUGUGAGAAAGCCGGUCCUUGACUAAAUUAAAACGAUUCAGGACCAAACGGGUAUAGAUGAUGAGUUAGUGAGUGAGUUUGUGGGAAAUGUUGACAGCAUUUAUGUGACCAUCACAUGUAUAUGAGUUGUUUAGCAUUUAUAAACUGGCCACACCAUUUGGUAGUGAUAUGUCUGGCUGAGAAUAUCACAUUGAACAUUGUUCUCCCAAAAUUCAGUAUUUUAUGUCUCCACUCUGACAUGUUUGUCCAUUUAACCUCUUCAUGAUCAGUUUAAUUGACUGGAUCUGUGGAGAUGUAGAUCCAUUUAUAUCACUGUGGACUUUAGAGCUUCAUGUGACCACAUCAGGUGAAGUUAGAAGUCAAGAACAUAGAGUCUCUGAGUGUUGAGCCGUCAGGUCCUCAUAUGUCUGAGCCAAAAUGUGCAGAGUGUGUGUGUACAUUGUCCUCAUAUGUUGGGCAGCAAAUAUUAAACUUUAGGCUGUGAAGGGUUUGAGGGUUUCUCAGACGAUGUCCUCAUAUGUCGAGGCAACGCCUGCAGAGUGUGUGUGUUACAUUGUCCUCAUAUUGUUGGGGAGCUGAUACUAUACAGUUUUAAAGCUCUUUCCAUUUAAGGCAUGAUUAUGAAGAUCUAGUGAUUACCUUUGUGUAUAAUUACUAAGGUUCAAAGGUGAAAAAUAUUUGUUAAAGUGUCUUGUUGUUUGUUACAGACACCAAUUGCAAAGAACCCCACUCAACCUUCUGCAAAGCCUCAGGAGAGAGAGGGAUCUUCUCCAACUUUACAUCAGGUAUGGAUUCAGUUUGGAUUUCAUUUCAACAUGUAUGGGGAGGAUGGUCCUGACUAAGUUAAAGCUGAGAAUAUCACAUUGAACAAAAUUCAGUAUUUUAUGUCUCCACACUGACAUGUUUGUCCAUUUAACCUCUUCAUGAUCAGUUUAAUUGACCGGAUCUGUGGAGAUGUAGAUCCAUUUAUAUCACUGUGGACUUUAGAGCUUCAUGUGACCACAUCAGGUGAAGCUAGAAGUCAGGAACAUAGAGUCUCUGAGUGUUGAGCCGUCAGGUCCUCAUAUGUCUGAGCCAAAAUGUGCAGAGUGUGUGUGUUACAUUGUCCUCAUAUUGUUGGGCAGCAAAUAUCAAACUUCAGUCUGUGAAGGGUUUAAGGGUUUCUCAGACGAUGUCCUCAUAUGUCUGAGGCAACGCCUGCAGAGUGUGUGUGUUACAUUGUCCUCAUAUUGUUGGGGAGCUGAUACUAUACAGUUUUAAAGCUCUUUCCAAUUAAGGCAUGAUUAUGAAGAUCUAGUGAUUACCUUUGUGUAUAACUACUAAGGUUCAAAGGUGAAAAAUAUUUGUUAAGUGUCUUGUUGUUUGUUACAGACACCAAUUGCAAGAACCCCACUCAACCUUCUGCAAAGCCUCAGGAGAGAGAGGGAUCUUCUCCAACUUUACAUCAGGUAUGGAUUCAGUUUGGAUUUCAUUUCAACGUGUGUGGGGAAGAUGGUCCUGACUAAGUUUUAGACUCAGUUUGUUGGAAAUGUUGACAGUAUUUAUGUGACCAUCACAUUGAACUUUAAUCCCUGAAAAUUCAGUAUUUUAUGUCUCCACACUGACGUAUUUGUCCAUUUAACCUCCUUCUUAUCAGUUUAAUUGACUGGAUCUGUGGAGAUGUAGAUCCAUUUAUAUCACUGUGGACUUUAGAGCUUCAUGUGACCACAUCAGGUGAAGUUAGAAGUCAGGAACAUAGAGUCUCUGAGUGUUGAGCCGUCAGGUCCUCAUAUGUCUGAGGCAACACGUGCAGAGUGUGUGUGUAACAUUGUCCUCAUAUUGUUGGGGAGCUGAUACUAUACAGUUUUUAAGCUCUUUCCAAUUCCGGGAUGAUUAUGAAGAUCUAGUGAUUAUCUUCAUGUAUAACUACUAAGGUCCAAAGGUAAAGAAUAUUUGUUAAAGUGUCUUGUUGUUUGUUACAGACACCAACUGCAGAGAACCCCACUCAACCUUCUGCAAAGCCUCAGGAGAGAGAGGGAUCUUCUCCAACUUUACAUCAGGUAUGGAUUCAGUUUGGAUUUCAUUUCAGUGUGUGUGAGAAAGCCGGUCCUUGACUAAAUUAAAAUGAUUCAGGACCAAACGGGUAUAGAUGAUGAGUUAGUGAGUGAGUUUGUGGGAAAUGUUGACAGCAUUUAUGUGACCAUCAAAUGUAUAUGAGUUGUUUAGCAUUUAUAAACUGGCCACACCAUUUGGUAGUGAUAUGUCUGGCUGAGAAUAUCACAUUGAACAUUGUUCUCCCAAAAUUCAGUAUUUUAUGUCUCCACACUGACAUGUUUGUCCAUUUAACCUCUUCAUGAUCAGUUUAAUUGACUGGAUCUGUGGAGAUGUAGAUCCAUUUAUAUCACUGUGGACUUUAGAGCUUCAUGUGACCACAUCAGGUGAAGUUAGAAGUCAAGAACAUAGAGUCUCUGAGUGUUGAGCCGUCAGGUCCUCAUAUGUCUGAGCCAAAAUGUACAGAGUGUGUGUGUUACAUUGUCCUCAUAUUGUUGGGGAGCUGAUACUAUACAGUUUUAAAGCUCUUUCCAUUUAAGGCAUGAUUAUGAAGAUCUAGUGAUUACCUUUGUGUAUAAUUACUAAGGUUCAAAGGUGAAAAAUAUUUGUUAAAGUGUCUUGUUGUUUGUUACAGACACCAAUUGCAAAGAACCCCACUCAACCUUCUGCAAAGCCUCAGGAGAGAGAGGGAUCUUCUCCAACUUUACAUCAGGUAUGGAUUCAGUUUGGAUUUCAUUUCAACAUGUAUGGGGAGGAUGGUCCUGACUAAGUUAAAGCUGAGAAUAUCACAUUGAACAAAAUUCAGUAUUUUAUGUCUCCACCCUGACAUGUUUGUCCAUUUAACCUUUUCAUGAUCAGUUUAAUUGACUGGAUCUGUGGAGAUGUAGAUCCAUUUAUAUCACUGUGGACUUUAGAGCUUCAUGUGACCACAUCAGGUGAAGCUAGAAGUCAGGAACAUAUAGUCUCUGAGUGUUGAGCCGUCAGGUCCUCAUAUGUCUGAGCCAAAAUGUGCAGAGUGUGUGUGUUACAUUGUCCUCAUAUUGUUGGGCAGCAAAUAUCAAACUUCAGUCUGUGAAGGGUUUAAGGGUUUCUCAGACGAUGUCCUCAUAUGUCUGAGGCAACGCCUGCAGAGUGUGUGUGUUACAUUGUCCUCAUAUUGUUGGGGAGCUGAUACUAUACAGUUUUAAAGCUCUUUCCAAUUAAGGCAUGAUUAUGAAGAUCUAGUGAUUACCUUUGUGUAUAAUUACUAAGGUCCAAAGGUGAAAGAAUAUUUGUUAAAGUGUCUUGUUGUUUGUUACAGACACCAACUGCAGAGAACCCCACUCAACCUUCUGCAAAGCCUCAGGAGAGAGAGGGAUCUUCUCCAACUUUACAUCAGGUAUGGAUUCAGUUUGGAUUUCAUUUCAACGUGUGUGGGGAAGAUGGUCCUGACUAAGUUUUAGACUCAGUUUGUUGGAAAUGUUGACAGUAUUUAUGUGACCAUCACAUUGAACUUUAAUCCCUGAAAAUUCAGUAUUUUAUGUCUCCACACUGACGUAUUUGUCCAUUUAACCUCCUUCUUAUCAGUUUAAUUGACCGGAUCUGUGGAGAUGUAGAUCCAUUUAUAUCACUGUGGACUUUAGAGCUUCAUGUGACCACAUCAGGUGAAGCUAGAAGUCAGGAACAUAGAGUCUCUGAGUGUUGAGCCGUCAGGUCCUCAUAUGUCUGAGGCAACACGUGCAGAGUGUGUGUGUUACAUUGUCCUCAUAUUGUUGGGGAGCUGAUACUAUACAGUUUUUAAGCUCUUUCCAAUUCCGGCAUGAUUAUGAAGAUCUAGGGAUUAUCUUCAUGUAUAACUACUAAGGUCCAAAGGUAAAGAAUAUUUGUUAAAGUGUCUUGUUGUUUGUUACAGACACCAAGUGCAGAGAACCCCACUCAACCUUCUGCAAAGCCUCAGGAGAGAGAGGGAUCUUCUCCAACUUUACAUCAGGUAUGGAUUCAGUUUGGAUUUCAUUUCAGUGUGUGUGAGAAAGCCGGUCCUUGACUAAAUUAAAAUGAUUCAGGACCAAACGGGUAUAGAUGAUGAGUUAGUGAGUGAGUUUGUGGGAAAUGUUGACAGCAUUUAUGUGACCAUCACAUGUAUAUGAGUUGUUUAGCAUUCAUAAACUGGCCACACCAUUUGGUAGUGAUAUGUCUGGCUGAGAAUAUCACAUUGAACAUUGUUCUCCCAAAAUUCAGUAUUUUAUGUCUCCACACUGACGUAUUUGUCCAUUUAACCUCCUUCUUAUCAGUUUAAUUGACUGGAUCUGUGGAGAUGUAGAUCCAUUUAUAUCACUGUGGACUUUAGAGCUUCAUGUGACCACAUCAGGUGAAGUUAGAAGUCAGGAACAUAGAGUCUCUGAGUGUUGAGCCGUCAGGUCCUCAUAUGUCUGAGGCAACACCUGCAGAGUGUGUGUGUUACAUUGUCCUCAUAUUGUUGGGCAGCAAAUAUUAAACUUUAGGCUGUGAAGGGUUUGAGGGUUUCUCAGACGAUGUCCUCAUAUGUCUGAGGCAACGCCUGCAGAGUGUGUGUGUUACAUUGUCCUCAUAUUGUGGGGGAGCGGAUACUGUAGACUUUAAGAACUCUUCAUAGACUCAGGUGUAAUGAGCGAACAUGUCCUUGUGUGUAACUAGUUAGGUUCAAAGGUGAAAAAUAUUUGUUAUAGUGUCUUGUUGUUUGUUACAGACACCAACUGCAGAGAACCCCACUCAACCUUCUGCAAAGCCUCAGGAGAGAGAGGGAUCUCCUCCAACUUUACAUCAGGUAUGGUGUCAAUUUGGAUUUCAUUUCAACAUGUAUGGGGAGGAUGGUCCUGACUAAGUUAAAGCUGAGAAUAUCACAUUGAACAAAAUUCAGUAUUUUAUGUCUCCACACUGACGUAUUUGUCCAUUUAACCUCCUUCUUAUCAGUUUAAUUGACUGGAUCUGUGGAGAUGUAGAUCCAUUUAUAUCACUGUGGACUUUAGAGCUUCAUGUGACCACAUCAGGUGAAGCUAGAAGUCAGGAACAUAGAGUCUCUGAGUGUUGAGCCGUCAGGUCCUCAUAUGUCUGAGGCAACACGUGCAGAGUGUGUGUGUUACAUUGUCCUCAUAUUGUGGGGGAGCGGAUACUGUAGACUUUAAGAACUCUUCAUAGACUCAGGUGUAAUGAGCGAACAUGUCCUUGUUUGUAACUAGUUAGGUUCAAAGGUGAAGAAUAUUUGUUAUAUAUCUUGUUGUUUGUUACAGACACCAAGUGCCGAGAACCCCACUCAACCUUCUGCAAAGCCUCAGGAGAGAGAGGGAUCUCCUCCAACUUUACAUCAGGUAUGGAUUCAGUUUGGAUUUCAUUUCAACAUGUAUGGGGAAGAUGGUCCUGACUAAGUUAAAGCUGAGAAUAUCACAUUGAACAUUGUUCUCCCAAAAUUCAGUAUUUUAUGUCUUCACACUGACAUGUUUGUCCAUUUAACCUCUUCAUGAUCAGUUUAAUUGACUGGAUCUGUGGAGAUGUAGAUCCAUUUAUAUCACUGUGGACUUUAGAGCUUCAUGUGACCACAUCAGGUGAAGUUAGAAGUCAGGAACAUAGAGUCUCUGAGUGUUGAGCCGUCAGGUCCUCAUAUGUCUGAGGCAACGCCUGCAGAGUGUGUGUGUUACAUUGUCCUCAUAUUGUUGGGGAGCUGAUACUAUACAGUUUUAAAGCUCUUUCCAAUUAAGGCAUGAUUAUGAAGAUCUAGUGAUUACCUUUGUGUAUAAUUACUAAGGUCCAAAGGUGAAGAAUAUUUGUUAUAGUGUCUUGUUGUUUGUUACAGACACCAAGUGCCGAGAACCCCACUCAACCUUCUGCAAAGCCUCAGGAGAGAGAGGGAUCUCCUCAAACUUUACAUCAGGUAUGGAUUCAGUUUGGAUUUCAUUUCAACGUGUGUGGGGAAGAUGGUCCUGACUAAGUUUUAGACUCAGUUUGUGGGAAAUGUUGACAGUAUUUAUGUGACCAUCACAUUGAACUUUAAUCCCUGAAAAUUCAGUAUUUUAUGUCUCCACACUGACGUAUUUGUCCAUUUAACCUCCUUCUUAUCAGUUUAAUUGACCGGAUCUGUGGAGAUGUAGAUCCAUUUAUAUCACUGUGGACUUUAGAGCUUUAUGUGACCACAUCAGCUGAAGCUAGAAGUCAGGAACAUAGAGUCUCUGAGUGUUGAGCCGUCAGGUCCUCAUAUGUCUGAGGCAACACGUGCAGAGUGUGUGUGUAACAUUGUCCUCAUAUUGUUGGGGAGCUGAUACUAUACAGUUUUUAAGCUCUUUCCAAUUCCGGCAUGAUUAUGAAGAUCUAGUGAUUAUUUUCAUGUAUAACUACUAAGGUCCAAAGGUAAAGAAUAUUUGUUAAAGUGUCUUGUUGUUUGUUACAGACACCAAGUGCCGAGAACCCCACUCAACCUUCUGCAAAGCCUCAGGAGAGAGAGGGAUCUUCUCCAACUUUACAUCAGGUAUGGAUUCAGUUUGGAUUUCAUUUCAGUGUGUGUGAGAAAGCCGGUCCUUGACUAAAUUAAAAUGAUUCAGGACCAAACGGGUAUAGAUGAUGAGUUAGUGAGUGAGUUUGUGGGAAAUGUUGACAGCAUUUAUGUGACCAUCAAAUGUAUAUGAGUUGUUUAGCAUUAAUAAACUGGCCACACCAUUUGGUAGUGAUAUGUCUGGCUGAGAAUAUCACAUUGAACAUUGUUCUCCCAAAAUUCAGUAUUUUAUGUCUCCACUCUGACAUGUUUGUCCAUUUAACCUCUUCAUGAUCAGUUUAAUUGACUGGAUCUGUGGAGAUGAAGAUCCACUUAUAUCACUGUGGACUUUAGAGCUUCAUGUGACCACAUCAGGUGAAGUUAGAAGUCAGGAACAUAUAGUCUCUGAGUGUUGAGCCGUCAGGUCCUCAUAUGUUUGAGGCAACACGUGCAGAGUGUGUGUGUAACAUUGUCCUCAUAUUGUGGGGGAGCUGAUACUGUAGACUUUAAGAACUCUUCAUAGACUCAGGUGUAAUGAGCGAACAUGCCCUUGUGUGUAACGGGUUAAGUUCAAAGGUGAAAAAUAUUUGUUAUAGUGUCUUGUUGUUUGUUACAGACACCAAGUGCUGAGAACCCCACUCAACCUUCUGCAAAGCCUCAGGAGAGAGAGGGAUCUCCUCCAACUUUACAUCAGGUAUGGUGUCAAUUUGGAUUUCAUUUCAACAUGUAUGGGGAAGAUGGUCCUGACUAAGUUAAAGCUGAGAAUAUCACAUUGAACAUUGUUCUCCCAAAAUUCAGUAUUUUAUGUCUCCACACUGACGUAUUUGUCCAUUUAACCUCUUCAUGAUCAGUUUAAUUGACUGGAUCCGUGGAGAUGUAGAUCCAUUUAUAUCACUGUGGACUUUAGAGCUUCAUGUGACCACAUCAGGUGAAGUUAGAAGUCAGGAACAUAGAGUCUCUGAGUGUUGAGCCGUCAGGUCCUCAUAUGUCUGAUCCAACACGUGCAGAGUGUGUGUGUUACAUUGUCCUCAUAUUGUUGGGCAGCAAAUAUUAAACUUCAGGCUGUGAAGGGUUUGAGGGUUUCUCAGACGAUGUCCUCAUAUGUCAGAGGCAACGCCUGCAGAGUGUGUGUGUUACAUUGUCCUCAUAUUGUUGGGUAGGCUUUAAAAAUUUUUAGAAUGCUCUUCACUGUUGUUCAAUCAUAUUGUUUUAGGCUGUGAAAGAUUUGAGUGUGUUUCAGAUUAUGUCCUUGUACGUCUGACUCAACCAGAGUGUAUUACAUAUUCCUUUAAUUAUGGGGUAGCAGAUUCUGUACAGUUUGAACACUUCUUAAAAUAUAUUACUGUAAGUGAGGUUGAGUCUAAUACAGUUUUUUUCUUUUUUACACCCAAAUUAUUUUCUUUUUCAUUUAAUGAAUUGCUUCAAUGUCAAGUAAAAUUCUUAGUAAAUAUUAAAAAAAAGUUGGUUCUUUGUCAUUUCAUUUCAAGGCCAACUGCACCACUGAAGUUGUCCCAAUCCAAAAGAGAGCAACUGCCAAGCAGGUAAGAGAGGUGUCUUCUCCUGCCUCUUUCUUUGAGCUAGGAAUUUCAUGUAUUACAGAGAUUCUUUCUACAUGAUUUUUCACUUGAACAGUUAAAAGCAAGUUAUCUUCUGCAGAAGUUAAAGCGACGACAUGCCCAAUGUGAAGAAGGUCAUGAUGAGGCCAAGAAAAAGCUCAACAAGAGAGAGAGGCAGAAGACCUUGAGUCUCAUCCCCAUAUUUAAGGAUUCUGUGAGUAUGAAACUAAGCAAAAACCAACCAUUCUUUUGUAAUAUGUACUGUAAAAACAAGAACAUACGUUUUAAAGUGCCCACCAGUCCACAUGUAACUGAAAUUCUGUGAUUCACUACUCGUUUCCUGAUCAUGCACCAUGGUUUAAAGACAACAUUGCAGCAGAUUUUGUCUUUCGAAAUAGGUGUUAGAAUUUAUGCAGUAGCUUCGUCCUAAUAAGAAUAUGUUAUGUCAUACAUUGGUCUUCCUUAUUUUGCACACCAUUAGAUCACAUCCUAUACUGAAAAGUAUUUUGAUGUAGGCUCUACUGUGUAGUAUGGUAUAGGUAAUAAUAGUUGUAAUAAUUUGCAACUGAGAAUGAAAUAUGUUGGGCUCUUUUACUCUUCAUUUUCCUCCAGAUCUCUACUGAUGAAUCUUCAGUGUCAGACAAUACUGAUGAUGAAGAUAUCGACUAUGUUCCAGCCACCAGUGACAGUUCUGAUUCAAGUCUUGGCGAGGAUGAAGUGAGAGUCAAAGACACUCAUACUCCCCCCAAAAACAUGCCAUUGGUGACAGCAAUGGCAAACAGUGAGGUGAUCUGCGAUUCAGAGAUGCCUACAAGUUCUACACUGAAGAUCAGCAGUCACAGUACUACAGUGAUAAGUUGCAGUCUCGGUUCAUCAGGAUGUUCAUCACCCAAAAAGCCAAAAACCAAAAAGACACAUGAAAGUGUAGAACAUAACCCAAGAGUUUCACCAUUGCCUAACACAGCCAAGAGAAGCAAGUACAACAAAAAACAACACUGUUUGUAUUGUAAGAAGGCCAUUUAUAAAUUGGCAAGACAUCUCGAAUCCGCCCAUAAUGACCAGCCUGACGUUGCAAAGGCUCUCAGUUUUGAUAAAAGAUCCCGCCAACGGAGAGAGUUGCUACGUUCUCUGAAAAAAAUGGGAAACUUUGAACACAAUGCUACUGUGGCAAGUUGCGGUACUGGUGAAAUGGUAGCAUGUCGAAGACCCGCUGCAGUAAAAUCAUCGAAUGAGUACCGUCAUUGCAAGUUUUGCCAAGGGCUAUAUGCAAGGGAUUGCCUUUGGCGACAUGUUAAAAAGUGUCCCAAGAGGCCUUUUGAAGAAGAGCCUUGUGUUGGACAAAAACGGAUUUACCUGGACUUACCAAAACCUGAGGAAGUGCAUGAAGCUGUGUGGAAGAUUGCUUGUGAAAUGAACCAGGACAGCAUUUCCUCAGUAGUACGAAGUGAAAGAGACAUUCUCAGGCUUGGUGAGUCACUAUAUAAUGUCAGGAAACCACAAGAGAAAAGGAACGAUUACAUACGUCAAAAAAUGAGAGAGAUGGCAAGGUUAUUAAUAACUGCCAGAGCCAUGACCCCUUUGAAAAGCACUGAAGACCUUGUUAUGCCAACUAACUUUCCCCUUGUCAUAAAAGCAGUCAGAGCUGUCGCUGGAUAUGAGGUACAAAGCAACUCGUAUAAAAUCCCAUCCUUGGCUUUAAAGUUAGGCCACAGUUUGGCCAAAGUUGCCGGCAUUGUGCAAUGCAAUGCUAUCAUUGCAAAUCGCCACGCUGUUGCGGAAUCAGCCAAGCAAUUUGCCACGUUAUAUGAAAAAAAGUGGAAUGAGUGUAUUUCAGCUUCUGCACUGGGUACACUUACGCAAGCAAAAUGGAACAAACCACAGGUUUUACCAUUCACACAGGACGUUUCACUGCUGCACAGAUUUCUGGCUACCGAAAGUGCUAAGUGCAUGAAAGACAUGGAGGAAAAUCCAAACAGCACAAACUUUGGAAAUCUGGCAAAGUUGACUUUGACACAGGUAGUACUCUUCAACAGAAAAAGGCAAGGGGAAGUUUCAAAAAUUGAGCUUCAGGCUUUUACAUCGCGGAAUCGUUCACAAUUGAAUCCUGACAUUAUGAUGUGCCUUAGUGACUUGGAAAAGAAGCUUGCAAAACACUUCGACAGGGUUGAAAUCCGAGGUAAAAGGUCACGAAUGGUACCUGUGCUUCUCACACCGGACAUGAUUUCCGCAAUGGACUUGCUUGUGAAAAACAGGCAUCAGUGUCAGGUCCACGCAGAGAAUGCGUACUUGUUUGCACGGCCAGGUGUCCUUUCCCACUACAGAGGCUCUGACUGCCUUCGCAGCUAUGCGAAACAAUGUGGUGCAAAGUACCCAGAGGCACUCACCUCAACAAGAUUGAGGAAACAAGUUGCCACUUUGUCCACAGUCCUAAAUCUCAAAGAAAAUGAAAUGGACCAGCUUGCCUCUUUUCUUGGACAUGACAUCCGUGUCCACCGUGAAUUCUACCGGCUCCCUGAGAGCACCCUGCAGCUGGCAAAAGUCAGCAAACUCUUGAUGGCUAUGGAAAAAGGACAACUGUCUGACCUGCAGGGAAAGGGGCUAGAUGACAUCAUGAUCAGCCCUGAUGGUAAAAUUUUAUUUUGAAACAUUUCAUAAUGCUUCAAAUAAAUGUUCACAUUUAAGAUAAUUUGGCCUUUUUUUUUUUACCCACCAAGAUGAAGUAGACACGAGUGACGAGGAUUCCGGUGAAGAAACUGUUGCUGACCCACAUCAGCAGGUCUCCAUCAUUUCUCAGAGACGGGAGGAAAGCAGCAGUGGUCAAGGUACAGUGCACUGACAAGGGCGAAGUGCUGAGCUUCACAAAAAAUGUGGCAAAAACCAAAGCAGGGACAGUGGAUGAGCUAGGAGUGUUGGGAAAUAAAACGUAGCAUGUUAUCACUUUUUUUUUUUUUCCACGGCUAUCAAUGACAACAAAAGCCAGAGUGAAAUGACGUCACAGGAGGGGGAACACGUCAUCAGGGGGUUCUACUAUAGUGGAAACAUUUCCCCCAAAAAAGUACAGGCUCUAGUAGAGCUGAUACCGUCAGUUGAAACACAGCAUUAAUAAGUUUUAAGUUCACUGAAUGUCGAGUCAAUUAACUUUUCUUAUAUUGCAAACAAAGAAAGCCAGUCAAAACUUGUCUAUAGACACUGACAUUUCAUUGUUACUAUGUUAAGUGUCAAGAACUAAGACUUCUGGAGACCAAAGCCAUGGACCUGACUCAACCACACGGGACAACAUGGAGGGCACUUCUGUCGGAAUGACAUUGGACAACGAAAACGUCAACACUCAGCCCGAUGGUAAAAUAUAAAAGGCAGACAAACAAAACAGUUUGAAGUGAUUGUUCUUGUGAUAAGAAGAAAGUAUUGUAUUAAUGUAUUCUUAGUAAUGGCAGUCUCUAAUACAUUUUCUCAUCUAUCUUUUUAGAUAUCCAGCAGGAUGAAGCUGAAAACGCUACAAUCCAGGUUUCCCCGAAAUGCUCCAGUGGAAAGCAAGGUUAAAACACACAUUUCAGUGACAGUAUUACCUAAACUAUUUUCCAUCAUUUCCAUCAAGCCUUUUCACAAUCGGACAGCAAUUUUUUAAAAGGUAAGAGAAUUUUUUUUUUUCUAUUUGACAGAUCGGAAGGCAAGAAGACAGUGGGCUGUUGAUGAAGUGAAGGCAGUUGAGCGACACAUGCUUCAUUUCAUAACAAGCUGCAAAGUCCCUGGUAAAAAAGUCUGUGAUUCCUGCAUCCGGGCAGAGCCAGUCGCCCUUAAGGACAGAGACUGGGUUGCCGUAAAAUACUAUAUUCAUAACAGAAUCACAACAUUAAAAAGAAAGAUGAAUAAAUAA